UAUGUUGGCCAUAGUGGUGAUUCGACUGGUUGAUCAUAGGUUUUUUGACGGUCGGAGUCUUGCAUGUAAUUGUACAGCUAUAAGUAUACCGAUUCUUGUUUCUGUAGCAGGGAGGUUUCAAGUGCGACUUUAUUCGGUUCUGUAGAAGACGGUGUUAACAAAAUGUUGGCCUUGAUUAAUCGGAUUUUGGACUGGUUUAAGAGUUUAUUUUGGAAGGAGGAGAUGGAAUUGACACUUGUAGGUUUGCAGUAUUCUGGGAAGACAACCUUUGUAAAUGUCAUAGCGUCUGGCCAGUUUAGUGAAGAUAUGAUUCCAACAGUAGGAUUCAACAUGAGAAAGAUAACAAAAGGAAAUGUUACAAUCAAAGUAUGGGACAUUGGGGGUCAGCCUCGGUUUAGGUCAAUGUGGGAACGCUAUUGCCGAGGUGUUAACGCUAUAGUGUACAUGGUUGAUGCUGCAGAUCCAGAGAAGAUUGAAGCAUCUCGUAAUGAACUGCACAACUUGCUGGACAAACCACAGUUGACAGGGAUCCCUGUACUGGUGCUAGGCAACAAGCGUGACCUUCCACAUGCCUUAGAUGAGAAUGGGCUUAUUGAAAGAAUGAAUUUAUCUGCAAUUCAGGACCGUGAAAUUUGCUGCUAUUCAAUAUCUUGCAAGGAAAAGGAUAACAUAGAUAUUACACUGCAGUGGUUGAUCGCACAUUCCAAGUCAGGUGUCCGUUAGUUCAUCUGUAAGAAGUCUUGUGUCAAGAAAGCAUAACUGAACCAACUGAGACAGGAGGUGAUUCAAGCUUACUUCAUGACUGACUGGAAAUAAUUAUGCCUAGUCCUAUACAGAGAAGUCUCGUCUUUAAAAUAUAUGCAAAAUUACAAUUGGCCCUGUUUUGCAAUGAUUUAUGCCAUGUUUGCUAUGUAAAUAUUUUAGGAUGUAAGCUUUCUAACAUAUAAUCCAUCAUCUUGAAACUUAAUAGUGCAUUAUGUUGACAGAUAUUUGUUUAGCAGAUUUUUGUACCAGAACAUUUUUAAAUUUGCUUGCUUUUCUUUUUUCUUUCUUUUACCAUGAGUCCUUUGUGGAAAGGGAAAACAGAGCAUGAAGUGUAAUUAAAGGGAAGACACAUAGAGUUAGUGAAUUGAUUUCACAUGUUGGUUACAGACUGUGUUUGUAACAACAAUGCUAAUUGAUGGUUGCACUGUGUGUGGAGCUGUGUAUAUAGUUACAUAGAUUCAAUUCUUCCAUUUCAAUGUUUUGCGUGAAUGAGAAACAUGUAUUAUCGUUGAUCUGCAUGAUGAUACCUGAUUUGUUUUAUUCAUGAAAUCAUAUUUAUGGGCCUUGAUAAAUUGUCCUUCCUAAAAUAUUUUCUUUGUAAAUAUGCUAUUUUCAAAGGAAUUGUAUCUUUCAGUAUCAAGUAUCAUAAUGUACAGCAAGAGAAGAUAACGAUUAAAUCAUGUCCAUGCACCGAAACAUACAGGGGGGGAUUGUGUAUGAAGAACAGAAUGUUCCAUCUUCUUUAAUAUUAAAAUAACUUUAUUGUGUGCAAACAUUUGGUCCACACAGUUUGUAAUGCUGAUUUGUCUGUUAAGACAGAUUUUGUACUAGGGGCGUGAGUAAAAGCAGGCACAUUUACUACAGGAAAUACGUAAUGUCAACAUUUCUUAAGAAAGGAAGCAGCAGUUUAGGUCUCUGAGUAAAACAAAUAACCAAAUUUAAAUGUAGAUUUAUUGAUUUUGAUGUCUUACUAUUAGGAUGCAAUUAUGACUGAUAUGGUGCAUUUAUAUGAGUAUUUUUAGCUGUUUCUUAUUCAUUUUGGUUUCCCUGGGACUGUUGCUAAUAUUACAAAUAUAUUUGGUAAUGCAAUUUCAUGUUGGAUAUAUUACUCUUUGAAGAGCAAUAAAUGGAAUUGUUUGUAAAGAGUUUUGUCAAGUAAUAAAGUUUGAAUUUUGAGGUUAUGUUAUGAAUUAGCGCUUACUGUUAAAUGCAUUCAAGUUAUCCUUAAUUAUUGUUUGUACACAUCUAUAAUACUGCUGUACUAAUUUAUUCACUAUAAAGGGUCAUCUUUAAAUUGAGUAGAAAUUUGAAAUCUGUAUUAUGGCAUAAUUUUGUAAGAUUGUUGCACUGUCACAGUGACUUGACCUUUUAGUCAGUUUGGUUGUCAUUGCAUAGCUUGUCAUUUAAGAUCAAAAUACAGACCCACUUUUUUCCACAUUUGUGUAUGGUUUAAAUUCUUAAAUAUUAGUAUUUUUACAGGUAUGAGCAAUUGGUGGUGCCAAAAAUUUGAAGAAAUAAUAUUGAUGUGUGUAGAACAGUGUUGAAGUAUGUCUGCUGCACUGCUUCUCAAAGGUUAUGGACAGUCUCCUGAUGUAACAACAGAUCAUUAACAUUAGAAAAUAAUACAAGAAACUGAACAUUUGUGAUGUAAAGUAUUUGACCAGAUUUCUAUGAAACAAUUAAGUGAACAAAAUAAAUAUGACUUCAGCUUUCAUACAUUGCAGUUUUUGUGUGUGUGUGUGUCAUGUCUGACUAACACAAUACAUAUUCUAUCAGCUCACCAGCUACCAUGGCCAAAAGCAGUAUUACUUCAUUUUGUGACAACAUCAAUAUUUUUUACUUGCCUACUGAGUGGUACAUCUGACACUAAAUGACUUUGUGUUUACUGACAGUGAUUUUCAUGCAGGGAAUUAUCAGUAACAUUAACACAGGUUUGUGAAUGAGCUAAUAGAGGUUCUGGCCACUUUCAAUAAAACCACUUUAUUUACCACGAGCUACUGAAAGUGAUGUCUAACAUGCACAUUUCACAGUGAUGCUUUUUCUGACAUACAUUGAAAGUUUGUUUGUGUGAUUAUAGAAUAACAUUCUAUAUAGAUUUGGUCUGUAAAGCCUCCAGAAUAGUGGAUCAUUAUCUAUUAAUGGAGACAGUAAACUCUUCUGAAACAUUGGUCAAUGUCUACCAGAUUACAUGGCUCAACAUCCCAGAAUACAGCCAUCUCCAUUGUUUUCUUUAAUCUUUUGUUAAAAAUGUUCCUAGUUAGGAAGUCUAAAACUUUCAGAUCCAUGGACCAUGAUGCCCGUUGUCCUUUCUGAUUAUUAUUCAUUCAAUGAAUACAUUUUAUUGAGCUUGCAGUAAAUAUUGUGUCUGCUAUUGCAAUGUGUCUUGUUGAAAAUAUGCAUAACUUUGGUUCUGCAAAGAACAGUUCCAAAAUUAUGUUCGUAUCCUCCUUUGAAUUAACUGUCAUGGAAGAACAUGGAAUCUACAGUUAUAGUGGUCAUAACACAUAUUCCAGCUUUCUUGCCAUGAAUUUGUCAACAUGACUGUUAUCAGUAGGGUUUCUUCAAGUGAAAUGUUGAACAAGGAAUGUAGAUUCUUCUGUAGGAUAUCUCGCUACCAUUAAACACAAACACGCAGACUAGACAUUAAAACGAAUGACUAAUGAUUCAUGGAAUUGCGCUGUGCAUGCAUUUUCACAGCUGGAUUCUGGUGGCAGGUUUGCAUUACUGGUGAGUCGCUGUAACUCUCUGGUUCAGCAUGUGCUUGGACAUAAUACUAGAAAUAAUUAUGUAUACUAUUCUGUAUGUGAAGAGAAAUAGAUUGUUUUUAUUUUAUGUUUUUAAAACUGAAGUUUAUGUACUUUACCUGUAGAUGAACUUUGUUGGUUGUUUGUUUUGUUCAGUUUUGUUUGAAUUUUGUAAGUAACCUGAGAGAAUGUUUAUUUUUUAUUUAAGUUUUUAAAACAUAUACAUAAACUUCGUACAACUGAAACAGAAGUUAAUGUACUUCACUUUUAGAUGAUUUCUGUAGGCAGUCUGUUUUGUUUAGUUCUGUUUAAUUUUUUAAGUAUAUUGGGUGAUUUGAUGUUUAUUCAGCAUUCUAAUUUUAAUAAGGAAGGAAAGUUUAUAAUUUUUUUAAAAAUUCUGUUUUGGUUGAAGAUGUAUUAUUCUACCUCAUUGCACCACUUAACGUGCAUAAGUUCAUUAUUCUAAAUAUCAUGCUAAAAAUUUACAUAAGGCUUUAAAUAUUUUUGUUCUGUGCUAUGCAUACAUGAUUCAUUAGCUAUAAUCUUUAUCAUUUUUAUCUCUGGGAAAGGAGUAAUCCGUUUACUUAUUGAAUGGGAAUCUGUGCCGGUGCACUCAUUCUUUGGACAUGGCUAUAAAGAUAAAAAUUUGUAAUGCCUCUGCUAGUAUUUGAUUUAUGAUCUUUCAGUCCGUAGUAGUCACUUUAUUUAUUGUGCUGUCAUGAUGUAAGAAAAUUAAAGUAAUUGAAUAUUACGGAUAGUAUUGAAACACAGAGGGCUUAUAGUAAGGUUUUGAGUUUUCUUAUGUCAUAAGGUUUAAUAAUGUAUAGUAUAUGCAGCCACUUUGAGCUUUCAAGUUCAGUAUCACGUGUCAUUAAAAUUAGAUGUUUCUAUGUUGAGGACUUGAAUUUAUAUAUGAUGUGAAGCUUUUAUGGCAACUAACAGUGAUGGAAACCUCUCAGGCAACCAACUGUCCAAACUCAUACAUCAUUCCCUAAUGAUGCAGACAGCCUCUGAAAUGUUGACUUUUGUUCUGAGUUGACGCGGCUCGUCUCUCGAGAGGAUUUUGCCACGGCUUGAAUUUAGUUGUAUCACACUUGACCAUUUUUGUCCUUAAGUUUUAGUGUAAGAUCAGCUUUAGGGACCAAUCAUUGUGACUAUGUGGUUAGUACUUCUCCUUUAUAUUCAGGUCUCAGGUUCAAAUCUUUGCCCAGGAACUGGCGAUUGUGACUGAUAAAAGUAAGCACCAAUGAUCAUUAGCACAUUGAUAUUGAUUUGUUAUUAAAAUUGAGCAUAAAAAUUAAAAUUAACAACCAGAUGAAUUUCAGCCAGACGGGUCAUCAUUGGUGCCAGUAUAUGUUACGUUGGUUCAGCAAACUUUAUAAUGUUAGUGGUUUACAUGAAAAGCUGAAGUAACAUAUUACAGUACAAAAUUAAAGUUACAAACUUAGUGGCUGAUAUCUAAAAUACUGUCUGUUCACUCUGUUUUUAGCACACAGGUCAUUUCUGUAAAGUGUAAGUUUAAAACCAUUGCAUCACACUAAAUAUGGAAGAUGGGUGUUUCUGGCUGAGUUUACUUAGAAUGCGAUAAUGUUCACUAGGAUCUACUAUGUCUGUUUUCUUGCAUGUUAUGUUAUGAUGUUGAUUUAACACUGACUAGGAUGCCUGCUUACUGUGUUGGGGAGUACCAAUGGUGUUUGAAGUUGUGUGGUUGUGGAGAACUAUAUAGGCUGAUACAAACAUCAUUGGCUAACGUAUGUCAUUCGGUAGAAGUCAUUAUAAUUGGGACUCCAUGUGAAGUAGACUCUUUUUUAAAUUUUAUUGUGGAUUACUGCACUGUCAGUCAGUGGAUACAUAAGCCCAAUAACACUGUUAUUGAAGUGCUGUUCACUUUUGGAAAAGCAAGCUCAUAGUAUUAAUUAUGGAUGGAUGCUUGUGUGGCAUCAUGGUCACCAUGUCUUGGUUGUUCAUGUGCUGUGUUGUGCUAUUCAUUAUACAUAGUGAUAGACAUAUCUCUAGAAUAUUGGUCUGAAGCCCAUUUAAUAUAGCCAACCUGAUUACUUAAUAUUUUUAUGGAGAUUUUUGAUUUUAUUGUGCUUUAAUAUUAGGUCGAUCGGUACAUUUGGGGUAAUAAUAUGGUGUUUGUUUAGACAUUUGAAUGUUCUGCUGUGUCUGCUAACUUUUUUGUAGAUGUCCAUGGUGACGUCUUUGUCCACGGAUUUUAAUACUUCGAUUUUUCACUGUAUAGAAUAUAUUUAAGUUAGUGUGUUUAGACAUUUUAGUCACGUUGCGUAUGUGGAGGUUAAAGUAGGUGAAUUAUUGCCAUUUAUGUGGUUGGUUGUUUGUGGGUGAUGGUUGGAGUGUAUGAAGCUUUAGUUUGGAUAAAUCAUGAAAUUUAUUAUUAGCCAGAUUUUUACUCUGUUGUAUUCUUCAAGCAUAUCGUGUUGAGUAAUUGGUAGACUGUUGAACCUUUGUAUCGUGUAUUUGCUUGCUGUGGUGUAUAUUCUGUGGGGUGAUCAGAUGUGCAGGUCAUGGCUGUGUGUGUGUGUGUGUGUGUGUGUGUAUAUAUAUAUACAUAUAUUUGUGGUAUAUUCCUAUUUUUGUUUUAUUAUGCAUGUGUAGUUUGAGGUGUAAAUAAUCCAAAUAACAAUUGUUAUUUUUUUCUAGUGUAUAUUUAACAAUGGGCUGGACUCUUUGAUAGUUCUAUGUGUGUGCCAUAACUUGGUACAUGUUGGUAAAUGGACACGGUGGAUCCUAGGGCAUAUAAUUGUAUUUUAAGUAAGUGAACUCGCCAAAAUUCCAUACCUUCAAUUUGGCCAUGAACAUUUCCUUCCAUAUGCUUUCCAAUUCACUAUUCAUUAACCAUUAUAUCAUUUGAUACUGUAUAGUUUGAGCAACUGAUAGUAUAAAGCACAAAUACAUAAAUCAGCUUUUGGCCUUGAGUGGUGUCACUUGUUGAAGCCAGCAGUAUUUCAGCAGACAUAUACCUAUCCAUGAAGAUGACCCUGAGGAUGGGAACUUCUGUGUUUGCUGAAACAUUUGAAGGGCUUCGUCAAAUGAUGUUGAAACGUGGAAGUCAGUGUUGUCCAUUACACGCUCGAAUGAUACAAAGCUUGCGGCACCAUAAUCAUUUUACUGAAAAAUAUAUAAAACCAUGUAAUCCAACAAUUUCAGGAAAAAUUGACAUUUGGCAACUUUGGUGUGUCUUGAAAUUUGUGUACCAAUAGAUUGCCAUUAUUAUAAAAAAUAUUUUUAAAAAUUGUAAUUGUUUGAUUUUUGUUGCUAUCACUACCACGCUUGCAAGCAAUUCGUCUUGUUUUGUAUUUUUGAAACUUUGAAUUUACUUUGAAGAAAAUUUUGAAGUGGCAAAGAAGUGGGCUUUUGAAAACACCAUGUUGUCUGUGUGUGUGUGUGCGCGCGUGCGCACAUGCAUGCAUGCAUGCAUGUCCUCCUCUUAAUUUUUGAAGCAGUUUGCUAAUAUGAAAUUUUCUGCAGUAAGUAAUAACAUACAGACAUACAAACUUGUCAGAUUUGAGCUCCACAUUAUCAAAUACAUUGUUUGGAUUCUUGGCCAAUUCAGGUUGACACAUCUAGUCUGACCAUCUCUGUAUUGGUCUUUCAAGUUUUCUGUUUUAUAAUGGUUCAGAUUGACGAGCUUUUUUCAGCACUUGAUUGCCUUCCAUUCUUUGUAGAUACUGCAAUCAGUUGUUUCUAUAAUUUUUUAUUCACGUUAAAAAUAUUUCGUUUAUGUAGUUUGUGUUUUGAUGGUGUAAACAUGUAUAUCUGGCCACUCACUCCACAAAGAAAUUUUAUCUGUGCUGUCUGUAUCCUUGUCUCAUAUCUCACUUCCAUUUCUGGCUGUUUGUUUUGUCAUGUAUAUAAUUUCAGUUGUGAUUCCGUUUUUGCUUUCCCCUUUUUGAUUGUCAUAUGCAUAUAAUUAAAUCAUGUAUUCUUUCAGUUAAUACCUUCUUCUGUUUGUUACGUUAAUUUAUAGCUCAGGAAUGUCAAGGAUCACACUGGAUUUGUAAGUUAGACAUUUAUUAAUGUCUUAUAGUUCAUGAACUGCUUACUGGUCAUCAGAAAAUAAUAUUAUAGACAUUCUGUCUUGGGUCAUAUGUAUUUACCCAUUUUAAUUUACACUAAUAGGAUUGUCCAAAAAUAUGGAUAAAAUAAGAGAAAAUAAAAACAGCAUCCUUGUCUCUUGUAAUGUCAGUUUUAUUAAGUCUUCCUUUGAUGAGCUGAGUUUUGUUUAAAUCUGCAUAUAUAGUAAAUUAAAUAGAAGAAUGGUUCAUAAUAUUUGCUAGUUAACCCUGUCAUAUAAGACUAUAUAAAAUUCAUGAGCAUUAAAUGUGUUUCUUUAUCAAAUUCCCACCUUUUUUUAUAAUUUGUUUAAGUUGAAAACACUUUCCAUACAUGACUUUCCUUUUUUAUAGAAUGAUUAUUUUCAAGUAAUAUUGUUUUUGGAACAGUAAAAUUUCACUUAUUUGGAUGAAUGGGAAAAGGUUAAUCUGAAUUAGUGAAAAGCCUGAAUUAUAGAAUAUGAUUAUAUGAAAAUCUUUUCAAGUCAUAGUUAAUAAUGACAAAUUUAUUUACACGCCAACAACACCUGUUGACUUCAAUGAUAUUAGGACACAAAUAUAACAAAGGGAAAGAAAAUUAUAAGUUUUGUUUGAAGUGCUGUUUUUAAAAACUUUUUUCAGUACAAAUCAGUUACGGUGUGUUUAUUUUAAUACUUACAAAGUUGAUAGGAAUUGGGUAGUUUUAUCAUUAAAUUCUCAUUUAGGAAGAGUUUCUUUCCUACUUAAAUAAAAUGCAUACAUAAAGGAGGCAUUGCAAAUUAUAGAGGGUCCAAAUUGGUGAAGGUUUACUGUAUUUUCUUAUACCAUUGUUUAAUAAUUUUGAAACAUAUUUUGAAAAGUGCUUUGAAAAUGUCAUCAUGAUCUUCACAGUUACUCCUACAUGAUUUUUAAAAAUAGGUUAAAUUGCAUUUGUUUCUAAACUCAUAACUUUAAUGACAGAGGUUCAUGUUUAAACAAUUUAGUAUGUGAAUUAUGAAUACCACAGAAUUCCUUAUUUUUAAUUUUUAUUGUCAAUUAUAAUUCUGCUAAUGUAUCAGAUGUACUUCAAAGAUUGUAAUUUUGUCAUUUUGUAGAAUUUGUACUAAGUAAUCCCCCCCCCCCCCAAGUGAUAACACUAACAAUAGUAUUUACAGUAUUUGUGGGGCUAAUGUGGAAGGCAAAGAACAAUAUCAGGUUCAAGUAUUACCAGAAAAUUAUUUUUUGGACCUAAACUGGACCACUAUAAAGAAACAAGAGUUUUAUGUAUGUAGAAUUAUUUUUCCUUAAAAUCUUUCUUCAUAAAUGGGGGUUAUUUUAUAUCUGAGUGUUGAUACAUAUGGCACUUCUUGCUUUUGGUCUGUACUCCCCCUUCUCUUCUGUCAUUGUCCUGUGCAAUGUUUCAUUCUGAAUGUAUUUGCUGUAUUGAUUUAUAGUCCACAAACUUUAAUUGAGCUUUGUCAUGUCUGUUCUGUAAGAAUGUAUUAUUCAUUCUGAAGUUGUAGAUUUGUCUAGUUUAUUCUGUACCAACAGUUCCAACCUGUGUACCACAGAUCACUGGAAUAAAAGGGAGAAUUAAGUGAUCAUUGGUCAUUGUGGGUGUAAAAAUAUGGGGUAGAUUGAAAAAAAUAUUUCAUCAUUAUUGUUGUUACAUAAUUAAAUUUCAGCAGUUCAUUGUUACAGUAGCAUGAGAAAUCUGAUCUAAAAUUUUAGUAUAAUUUAUAAGGACAUCCACUUCAUGAUCUUCAGUCUACUAAACUUAUGUAGCUCUGAAAAUAUGUAAAAUAAUUACUGAAAGAGUUAUUUAAGAAAGAUUUUAUUAACUUUUAAAAUGAACUUGAGUCUGAUCUGUACAUAUUCAUUUGUUUACUGUUGUACGAAGUUAUAGAAAAAAUAAUUUGUUAUGUAAAUAAGUAUCAGUCAGCAAUCAUUUAUUUUGUUUGUUCUUUAUGUUACAUAUAUCAUGUAUGAUGUAACAUCUUGGAAAAUUUCACUAAAAUCUGUGCUCAUUGGUCAAAACAGUAUUUCAGGUUAUGUUUCGCAUUCAGAGACAAGUACAGUAUAACCCUGAUAAUCCAGUGUUUGUACUUUAUUGAAAAACAACUGACUAUGGGACUACUAGUUAAUAUUAACACCAUUAUUGUUGUAAGAUUUCUAGCAUACAAAUAUUUGUUGUUUUUCAGAUUUCCUGUUAUCUUUUGUAAUGAAAUAUUCAUAAAUGUCUUUGAAAAUUUGUCUUUUAAAGAAGAACUUUAGUGUCACAAUAUGUAUUUAUCUUAUUUAGCAGGUUUAUACUGUAUUGGUCCCCUUCUUGUUCUGCUAGUACCAUCAUGCCAUUUACAUCUUUCUGUAAGUGAUAUUUUGUUGUUGUUUAAAAGUGGAGAGUGUUAGAAUGAAGAACUGAUGUGUUUGAAAGAAAGUGAUUUAAUUUGUCUACAAUUUAAGCCACUUUGUUUGGAGGGAGAACAUAUGCAUUUGGUUAUUUUGCUGAAUAUAUAAUUGUAAACUUGUUAUAUAAAUUGUUUUGUAAACAUAUUUUUUAUUUGGUGUGUAUAAUCUGUACUUAGAAUUAAAUAUGGCAUAGUCAAAGUACAUAUAUUGUAAAAAUGUUGUAAAGUUUGUUACAUCUAGGUUCAUGUUAAAAAUUAUGAAUUUCAAACAGAAAAAUUAUUUCACAGAGAAAACUAUUAAAACUCUCAAAUUUUAGUUUGUAGAUACUAUGAUAUAAUUACAAUUAAGGUUUUGCUUACAUUAAAAGUUCAAGCACACAUUAAUGUGUUUUAAGGUAAACAGUAAGUAUAGAACAUGGGCUCCAUGGGUAGAGAACAAAUAAUGCCAUAUGUUUUCUUAGUAACAACUGAUGCAGUAAUAGAGAUAGACAUUGUUAUAGAGUCAUUCCAAAAUUCAGUGUAGAUGUGAAUCUCAUGAGCUUUUACAAUCUCAGAAUAUUAACUUGUAUGCGGAGUGUGCCAAAAUAUUCUCAUCAUUGAGGGAAUGAAUUCUUUACAUUAUUAUUUCUUGUUUUUAAAUGAGAUUUACUUACCAUAUGUAAAAGUGUGUCGGCCAUUAUGUUUCAUAGGUGCUUUUCUAAGGUAUACCAUUAGUUUCUGUUAUUGAAUUUAUUUUUAUAUUUCCUCAGUAGGGCUUUAGUUUAUCUGUUAAGGAAAAUGAUUUGACUGCUUGUAAGUACAUUUCCCAGAAAUUUUUAUUGUUUCAUUCAUUCUUUGUAUGAAGUGCAUAACAAGAAUCCAUUGUUGGUCAUGUUUGUCUGUCCAGUUGAUUUAACUUGGGAACCAUUGGACAGAUUGAGAUGAAACUUGGUAUGUAGGUUGCCCUAUUUUGCAUGACCUCAAAAUAGUACUUUGAAUAUCCUAUGAGUGGUGAUAACAAAAUGACGAAUGAGGAAAUUCUUGUGGUGGACAUUGAAGUAUUGCGAUCUGGUGGUCAUGGUGGGAAUUUGUUUACAAUAGUUACCAUAGUUUCCAUUGGCAACCAUUUUUGUGUGUUCUUUGAAUGUUUACCAUGGUUAAUAUGACAAUCUUUGUUCAUAUUGAUGUAGGUGGAAAUCAGUCAAAGUGUUUAUAUAUGUUACAUUGUUUUUGUUGGGACAGGGUAGAACAUGUUAGUUUCAGUUGUGUUAGAUUUGUUUAGCUUCAUAUAAGGAAGUUGACAUAAGAAUAUGUUUAAAUAUGAAUUUUAAAUGUUGAAAAUUUCAGAUGUGGGAAUUAUAAAAUUUUAAAAUUUUGAGUAUUUAUAAAUUUUAAAAAUUUAACGAUUUAGAAAUUUUUAAUAAUUUUUAAAAUUUAUGAAUUUAUUUCAUGGGACAAGGCAGAUGUAAAUGCACGUUUCAAAGAACAUAUUCAGUUAUUAUGGAAUACACUUUCGAAGCUUAUUUAUUAAUUUUGUGAAAAAUUACUUUCUUAGAUAUAUAGAAUUCCUGUUCAUAUAUCAGCUUCAGCCUUUGAAAGGAGGUUACGAAUUGUCAUUAUGAGCAAAUGCGCAAUUGUAGAUUUAUCAUGGAUUUUAUUAUUGGAAACUUAAUUAACUGUUGCUUGUUAUUCUACUCCCAUAUUUCAGAUACUCAUACAAGAAUCUAAAAUUGGGGUUUUAUGUAGAGCAGUUUUAUAAAAAUAUUUUUUUCAAAAAUAUUGUUAUUCAUUCAUUAUACUUUUGGUCAUAUGAAAGUGGUUACCAAUUUAGCAUGUGAUAUGAAAUGUUUAAUCUGCAUUUCAGGGGUGAGAUUAGUAUUUCACCUACAUUCAGAAUGGUCAAUGUUUAAUAUGACAUGUGAUGUAAUGAUGAUGUUAUAUUUGUGAAAAAAUGUGGGUUGAAAUUUGUACUAGUUAGGCAUCCACAUUACUAUUUUCUAGAGCUGGGGACAUUAUAACACCCGUAAAUAUGGGCCCAUGGGUCUCUUAGCUUGAUGACCCAUUUCUGUCGUACUUUGCUUAAUUUACAAAGAAAGGCAAGCACAUGGUAUCAUCAUCACCAUUUCCUACUAAUAACUUUUGAAUCAUUUCAUUGAUGAAACUUGGUAUGAACAUUAUGCCACCAGAGAGCACCCUACCUUUGCACAUUCUAAUUUCCUACUAUUAUUGACCCGAACAUGUUGGUUCUAUGAACUUCUAAGUCACAGACAUGGGGAUGGUGUGAAAGUUUUAAGUUGUCUGGUGGUAGGAACCUGUAUCAGUGGUAAUUAUGCACAGAAGGGUUCUGCGUCAUACGCUGUGGUAAAUUUCUACCAGACUACACAGUGCAACAACCCAUAAGACAACCAUCUUCUUAUAUGCUGUCAUAAGAACCCAAAGUCACACAACGAAAUUAUAUUUGAAAUUUAUUGUUUCUGAUAGUGUAGUGUGCAGGCUGAAGCAUUUGAAGGAAAGUAGUUGACAUAAGUUUGUCCUAGAGUUACAGACUGUCACUUUUUGUGAAGAAUUGUCUAUGUUGAAGAUGAUAGUUUUCUGGGAUGUUUAAGAGACAGGUGCUUUGUCAGCCCUGCACCUGUAUUUGUGGCUUACUCAUCACCUUGAUGUUAGUAAGUAAUAUUGGUUAAUUUCUACGAGAUUAAUGGCACAAUAUCCCAGAUGGUAUCAGUUUUCUGGGUAGUUUGCCAUGUGAAUGUGUAGGUAGAUGUCAGUGUUUUGUAAGAACAUACUGUCUCCAUGUUUCCCACAGUGUUACUACCUCGAAGACCAACAUUGGUAUUGAUUCUGUUUCCCAAAGCCUGUUGCCUUACAUCUUUGGUUCAGUGGUAAAGUACUUGCAUUGGUUUUUCGAGUUAAACUCGUGGUUAAGAGAUUGGCUAACCUGACAGAAUUUUUUUGUUAUAUCCACAGUUCCUGCAGGCAAAUUGUGGGAGGGCCCAUUCAAAAGGUUAUGAUUGCUGUCUUUUAAACUAUUUCUAAUUAAUAAUUCACUAUUUCCAGUUCUACACUACAUGACUUCUGCAUGUGAAACUGUGUGAUUAAAUGAACUGCGAAACAGCAUCCAAAUUCUGUCAUUUUUCUAACAGUUCUGCUCUAGUGAUGCACGUUUUACUUUAUGAUAAAUUAUUGUUAGUUCCAUUUAAAGUAUUGAUUGUAUUUGGGAAGAAAAAUCGCAUUUAAAUAGGAUUCAAUGUUUAUAUUCACACAAAUAAUUUACACAUAUGUUGAAUGUUAUUUACCACUGAAGACUAGCUCAGAUUUUAUAAGUCUCUUCGGACUGGAUAAAUGAUAAUUUUGUAAAAUGGCCAUAACGUUUGUAUCCAUUUGCCCACCAUUCACAUUGUCAUACCAUUAGAUAAGGAAGCGAGGACUGAUCUUACGACUGUAGAUGUUUCUUUCACAGUUAAUUUAAACUCCCUUUUUUGUAUAUUUAGCAAGAUCACUGGUGUAUGCUGCUAAUUUAAAUGUGUAAGAGUUGUGAUUGAUAAGUAUAAUGGUUAUUCUACUAAAUAUUUUAUUGAAUGCUUAUAGUCUAUAGUACUGUAACUGAAUUUAACAAACAAAUAACUACAUUUAUCAACCAAACAUUAAAAUUAAGCUUUAAUUCAAUUUAUCUAUAGCACAUAACUCGAGAGAUAUUAUGAGAUGAUAUUAUGUGGACUGAUUCAAAACUAACUUGAAUAUAUGGAUGUAAUUUUAUCUGGUAUACUUGCUGCUUAUUAUGUACAAAAAUUUUAACUCUUUGUUGAUAGAAACAGCCACUGUUGCUUUGUUACUGAAGAAUUACAGGAAUAUUGUUAAUGUGGAUUCUUUCUCUGGGUGAUACCAAUGUGUUGACAAUGUUUUAGAGAUCAUUACUACAUUAAUCUUCAAAGCAAAGUGACUAUGCAGUGGUCCCUGCCAGUAUUUAUAGUUAUAUUCACAGACUGGGAGGAACUGCUGUGAUCCAGCUAUAUUAAUGGGAAGUGAGACAUCUUUUAAGGGCUGAUCUUUCUGAGAGACAGAAUGAGUGGGUUAUUUGUAAUUUUGGGAAGCAUUCGUGGGAAGUACAGGUUAGGUAAAAAUGGUAGUAGGAAAGGUGAGAAAAGAUGAUGAGAAAUAGAGUUGAAGAUGAAACUGAAGAUAAUGGGAAUGGGUUGAAGCUUCUCACAGAUAGAACUGGAAUGGUCCAGAUCAAAUCUAGAGAUGUAGGAUAGAUACAUAAUGCACUGAAUUAGAUCCUGUGGGGUGAGUAAAGUCGAGGAAUCUUCUAUGUUUCUUCACAGUACAGAUUGUCUUCCAAGCUGUGAUGAACUGAUAAAUUCCUUGGUUAGUGAGGACGUUUUGCUAACACUGUCAUGUUUUUGAAGCGAAUGUUCUGUAGACUUAUGGUCAUGUACUGUAAGUAUUGGUAGAUUCUGGUGGGUAGCUAUUUCACCUUGAAGGUGGAAACAGGAUCUCUGGGAUAUUUCUGUUACAGCCUGCACACAGGAAUAGGGUCCACAUUAACACUGUCCCACUGUAAAAGUCUGAAACCUUCAGAAUUAUUGUUAUAAUUAUGCCACUGAAUACAGAAAUCUGCUACUGGCUGUAGUGUCCAUAUUCUUGGCUUCUGCUACAGGUUCCUCUAAACUUAUAGUUCAAUAAUAUUGUGUAAAAGAGAUAAUAUGAUAGUGGAUUCAUUACACUGUGUGGUGCCUGGUGCUUUCAGAUGGUUAUGUAAAACAUUUUUAGAAAUAUGUGUGUUGUUGAUUAUUUUGAUCAUUUAAUGUGGACGAACAUUUAGUGAAUAUUUUGUCACUGUUCGUGAGAGUAUACAUUAAUAUUGCAAAAGAAGCUUCCUUUUAUAAUAGGUAGCUGUUUGUAAGAAACUUUAAAGACAGAUGCUAUACUGUAAAUAGUAAAAUGAAUGGGAUUAAUUUAGUGGAUUCUUGAAGUAAGACAGUGUUUGAAUUUGGUUACUGGUGUUAAAGACAAUGAAUAUUUUUCCACGCAGCUUGUUUCCUUGUGAGAAUUUUCACCGUUUUAAUGACUAUUUUAAUUGUGUAUCAUGUGAUAGCGAUUUCCAGUAACACGUGUUCUGGCUGUGCUUUGAUGUGGUAGAUAACAAGAAUACAGUAGAUAACUAGUCUUUUAUUUAAAUGUGACAGGUAUGAUACAUAUCUCAUUUAUGAAGUGUGCCACCAGUAAUUUAACUUUUUGUUACAGUUGAUUAUGAAUUAUUUUUUACUAUUUGCAUUGAAUAUACUGUUGAAAAUUAUGUAGGAAGCUGUAUGGAUGUGUUGUGCGUAAUAUGAACAAAUAAUGAAAAUAUAAAGUUGUUCCCAGUAAUGAAAUGUUUAAUGUACAUAGGAGAGUAAGAUUAUUUAACAUCUACUUUUCAGGACCAAUAAAUUUGCUUUAGGGAUGAGUGUGGUUUGAUUAUAAUUGUAUUUAUUAUGUAAUUAGUAACUUUGAAUGUAUAAACAAAAUUUCUAUGAAGGGUAAACAGUCGCCAAAGGUUGCCAGUGUUGCUGUAAACUUGCAGGAAUUUUGUUAUCCCAUUUUUAUUAUUAUAUGUGUUACAGAUCAUGACUUAUGUCCCGUAUGAGGUUUGUGUUUUGAUACAUCCAGUAUCGUCAUUUAUUAAGCAGUUUAGUUAACACUGCUGCUUCACAUUUGGGAAGUACUACUUGAUUUGAGUCAUAGCCAAGUUUUUUUGUGAUUUUUCUCAGUCUCUACAUUUUUGUGGAGUGAUUGAUUUGCCAGAUGUCUUAACACUAGAUCACAUUCCCGUCUAUCUACACCCGUUCUGACUCGCCAUUCAUUUUUCUGUCGUUUCUCAUUUGAAGCUACGUAACUUCUGCAGUUGAGUAUAAUAGUAGAUACUUACCAAAUGUACAAAGACUAUUAUAAUAUUAUUUAAUAAUAAGUUGUGUGAGCCGGAUAGCUCAGUCAGUAUAGUGACUUGCUAUGGGCUGGGCGAUGGGGGUUUGAUCCCUGACAGAGGCAGAGGAUUUUAUUUUUGCCUCUGUUUCCAGACUGGCUCUGGGGCCCACCCAUUGUCCUGUUCAGUGGGUACUGGGGUCCUUUCCCAGGGGUAAAGCAUGGCUGAGGCAUGCUGCUGACCACUCAACCCCUUCUAGUGCCAAGGUUGAUGAGUAGAAGCUGUAUCUUCUCUCCCAUAAGUGCCAACAUUGGUAUAUAAUAAGAUGGGUUUAAAAAAUUGUAAAACUAAAUAUUUUGUAGUUUGUUAAUAUUACAUCACAGGUAGUGAAAUAUAUCCAAACUGAUAGCCAGUAGCUAAUUAACUCAUGAAUAUUGGACAGUUAUGUUUUUUAUAGUCGGCGUAUGUGCGUUAUAAUUUGUGUAACAGUUUCAUAUAUUUGCUGAAUAUUUCUAAGCAGUACUUAGUCAUAGGAUAUUCAGGUUUGUGCUUUACUUAGUUCAUGUAUAUACCAGAUAUCACAUGUAGACAUGAGAGUCCAGUUUUUCCUCAGAUAAAUAAUGAUAAACUCCAUGGAGUGGAGUCCUUUGUGAGGAGCUAAUAUUAUGCUUAGCUACUCAAAAAAAUUCCCUGUCUUUUAUGGAACCAAAAGCCUCAUUACUGCAUUCUCAAGAGUUUGCCACUGGUCCCUAUCCUGAUCUGGAUGACUUACAGUACACAUCCUUCCAAUCUAUUUCUUUAAAAUCCAUUUUAAUGUUAUUCCACUAUCUUUGUGUAGGUCACACAAGUGAUCAUUUCUCUCUUUAGGAUUUCGAAUCAAAAUUAUGUGUACUUUUGUAUUUUUAUUCUCCACAUGUGUGUGCUACAUGCACUGCCCAUAUCAUCGUUCUUAAUUUGAUCAUGUUGACUAACAGAUGAAGCAAGAGUAUUGCUCUUUUUCCUGAAUUUUUAGAUCAUUGAUUGAACAGAUGCAGCAAUUAUUGGCGAUCAAGAUUAAUAGAAACCCACUUGACAAAGUGGCCAGUUAUAGAACUUGUACGUGCUGUCACUGUGAACCAGAGUUAAGAUUCAUUCGCCUGUUAGAAUAACAUUUAUACCUCAUCAGCACUGUAGCUACUGCUGAUUCAAGUUAGAUGCUAAAAUGCAACAGGCUCUGUACAAAUUGUUUUACCAACAGGCUCCAGAAUUUAACAAAAGUAUCCUGUGUGUGAUGACUCAUUGCUUACUGUGACUGGGCUAAAUAUAUCUUGAAUAAAUUUCUUUUGAAGUUUAAUUUGUGUAAGCUUUUUGUUCUUAUUUCUUGAGGUUUAAAGGGGGCUGUUACUUCUCACAUUUUCCUCAACGUUCCUUAGUAACUUAAAAUUUCUUAAGGGCCCUUUAAAUGGAACUUUGGAUGCUUCUGAAGCCUUUACUGGUCAUAACGUGCUAACAAAAUCAGAUCUGACAUCAAUGCUUAACUUCUUGGUUUAUAAUAUACUAAAUAUCAGUCAGUAAAAUGACUGGCUGUGUUUAGAAUGGCUGGAAUUUUGAUUCCUGACUGGAGAAUUUAUCUGUCUCAUCACCACAUCCAUCCAGAUCAGCUGUGCAGAUCACCCAGUUUCUUGUCCAUUGUAUCAGUUGCUCUUUACCCAUUGUUAAAGUAGCAAUGUCAAGAUGGGGAUAUACCUCCACUUCCCCUAUACAUAUUUACAGCAUGGUGCUUAGGCCCAGUGGCUUUUUAUUUUUACUUUAUAAGUCUUAUUAUUGUGCACCCUGAGACAACACAGAAGUUGCUGACUUUCUUGACUUGCUUCUUUUAUUAAUUGUUUCCUUAAAAAAUAAAUAGGCAACAGUUUUGUUUUGUAAUCAUGCAGGAAAUCAGUAUUACAGAACUGUAUACAGGCUGCACAAAACACAUUGGUGAGCCACAGACAGAACCUCAGAUCUAUAUUAUUUAAAGCUAUGUUUAGGACAAGCAGUGACAGUCUCUGGAAUUACACUUACCUGUUACUAAAGGAAUGUUGAUAUUUUAUGUACCACUGUUUGCGAUUGGUUUUUCCUCAAAUUGUAUUUUAAUUUUUCUUAUGAGACAUGAAUAUGUACUACAUAUGUUGUUAUAUCUAGGCUAACUCUCUUAUUAAGUUCUGUUUCCGUAUACUUUAUAGACUGUACUUUCGCGUAGGAAAGUAAUUGUUGACAUAGACUAGUACCUGAUGUGUUCCAAUUUCAGUUCCAUCUAAGAUUCUUGAGAUUUUCCUAAUGGAAUGUCUUGAAGCAAUGCCAAUGUAGCAUUUUUGCUUUCUAGAACAUUUUCAAUAGAAAAUACAUCAAAGUUUAACUUAUUUGAACUUUACAACAAGGUUUCGUUCAAAUACGUGGUCCAGAAAGUGUGUGCUCUACAUUUUGUUUUAUUGGGUUUCAUUAAUUUGAAUUUGUGUUGACCAUUAUUGUCACAUUCUGCAUAUUCUGUAUUCUAUAUGCAAUCCUUGAAUAAAAUGUCGGUGGUUUAAUCA